CCUCCUUCCCCUCCCUUCGUUUCUUCUCCAUUGCUCCACGGCGCAUCUGCUCUCUCGGUCCACCAUCUUUCCCCUUCCCCAGGCUUCAUCGCGGGUAUCUUUAUUCAAUUUGCCGUCGUGGAUUGCCCCCCGUUAUCAUCAUCAUCACCACUACCACCGCCACCUGCUUGGGAGUAUCAACAAAUCAGGCCAUGAUCGUUUGAACCAGAUCUAUCACACUUAUAGUAUCUCUCAGCAUUGCUGGGACCGUGCACAUUCUACAAGAAUUUACUGCGACUGCGCUGUGCAAUAGCCAGAGCUUCGAUCAUCACUAGGCCCAUUGUUUAUUUUGAUCUGUCGUGGUGAAAUUUCAUUGUCCGUGCCAGCGAAUUUCCACCAGCAAAAUGUCUGGGAACAUCGGAGGAUACGGACAGGUGAUUGAGUAUAUCCAAGACCGACUCUACCUCGCCUCCUAUGAUCAUCCACCCGACUCUAGAACCCCCUUCCCAUACCCCGCCGAACAGUCCAAGUCGCCAAGCAAGCGCUCUGCGCGAGCUGCCCCGGGCACUGCAGGUAGCAAGAGAAAAAGCCCCGUGUACUUCACGGUCGAUGAUACCCUCCUGUACAACGCCUUCCACGCGGACUUUGGCCCGCUCCACAUUGGCCACCUUUACCGGUUUGCUGUUCAUUUCCAUGAGAUCCUUGGUGAUCGUGACAAUGCCGACCGUCCGGUGGUGUUCUAUUCUAAGACGGACGCACGAAGCCGAUCCAACGCAGCAUGCCUGGUUGCGUGCUACAUGGUUCUCAUUCAGUCCUGGCCACCGCAUCUUGCUCUCGCCCCGAUCGCGCAGGCGGAUCCCCCUUAUAUGCCGUUCCGCGAUGCCGGAUACAGUCAAGCGGAUUUUAUCUUGACCAUCCAAGACGUGGUUUACGGUGUAUGGAAGGCGAAGGAGUACAACCUGUGCGGGCUGCGGGAGUUCAACCUUGAAGAAUAUGAGAGGUUCGAACGGGUAGACAUGGGUGACUUCAACUGGGUCACACCUCACUUUUUGGCGUUCGCCUCUCCCCAACAUGAGCCCAUUGCGCCAGUCCCCGCCAACACCCCGGAGUACGACGCACUGCCCUCGACAAUUUCCGAAGUUCUUGCCUCUAAGCUUCCGUUGCCCUUCAAAAACGUCCUGGCUCAUUUUGCGUCCCGUGACGUGGGUUUGGUUGUACGGUUGAACUCUGAACUAUACUCCCCCUCCUACUUCACCGCUAUGGGCAUCACGCAUGUGGACAUGAUCUUUGAAGACGGCACCUGCCCUCCAUUGCCACUGGUCCGCCGGUUCAUUAAGAUGGCCCACGACAUGAUCACGGGCAAGGACCGCGGAAUUGCGGUUCACUGCAAAGCGGGCCUGGGCCGGACCGGCUGUUUGAUCGGUGCCUAUCUGAUCUACCGAUAUGGGUUCGCGGCCACGGAGAUCAUCGCGUUUAUGAGAUUCAUGCGCCCGGGCAUGGUGGUUGGCCCACAGCAACACUGGCUGCACCUGAACCAGGGCUCUUUCCGGGAAUGGUGGUUUGAGGAUGCCAUGAAGGAGAAGUUGUCCCAGAUGCAGGCUGCUCCCAUCACGCCGGGCAGGCCAUCUGCCAAGCAACGGGCGAACCACGCCUCAGUUGCUACGCCUCCCAACAACAGCCACUCCAAGCGGUCUGCGCUGGGAGAAAUCGACCAUAAUGAAGGCACUGGUGCGCAGUCGGACGAACAUCUUCCUGCUCCUACCCCCGGACAACCUCGAAAGUCACACCGGAAAGAUUCCCGCCAUCACCCUUACUCCCGCACCACAUCGGGAAGUCUGAUGGUGGAGAAAGAAGCCGGCCGAAGCGGCGAGACCCCUGGUCAUCGAAGCCACCGGCUGAGCAAUGACAGCAGCGAGAGUGAAGAAGAAAUCCAGCUCCGUUUGCUCGCGAAGCGCUCGUCCAAGUCCCCCAUUGCCUCUCCCAACCAGCGGUCCACUAGCCAACGCUCCCCCGCCCAAAGGUCUCCCAGUCAGCGGUCCGUCAGCUACUCGGCUACCGUGACCGCCAGCUACAUGCUGAACGACGAUAUCCACGAGGACCGGGAAAACUGGGUGGAGGGUGCCUACGCCGCCCCGAAAACCCCAGUGAGCGCCAAGACCGGCGGUGGUGCCAUCCCCAUGAGCAAGGUUCGAUCCAGCCCGCGGCGAACCGCAGAAGCUCGCAGUGACUCCAGAGGGGUUCGCAAAGCCAGUGGCCGGAUCGGCAGCUCGGGGAGCCCCACCCGGGUGAAAUGAGACUGGACUUCUCGCCUCCGCUGUCUCUCUUUCUCCUUUUUCUUUCUCCUUUCUUUUUUUUUGGGGAACUGGCAAUAUAUCCUUCUUGUGUUUACAUCUUAUUUUGUCCCCGUAAUUUUCAUUUUCCUCAGCAUGUUGCGCUUGCUGGGCCAUGACACCCACCUGCCACCACCGGGUUAUUGUUUCUAGGUGUUCCGGGUUUCGGUGUUCAGUUGGGCUGGGGUUUGUUGUUAAUGAUUGUUUUCGGCGUCUGGUUCCACUUUUGAUGUUGAUUGAUGUCGAAUGGCUUAGAAGCUAGCAUUGAGUUCACUGGGCUGUAGUGGCCCGGGAGAGAUCCGUCUUACUCUUGUUAAUGUGCC